CUCACAGUGAUUCCCUUACAUCACGAGUCACAAUCGAAGAAGUAGCAAAAGGGUUUUCUGCUUUUGGCUUGGAGAGCAAUCAAGAAGAAACAAUCGACACUAAAAUGUGAGGUCUGUUCUUAUAGUCAAUUCAACACAAAUGGAAUUCGAUGAUGUCUUGAAAGACGUUGGAGGUUACGGAACCUAUCAAAAACAUUUAUUGUUUUUUAUACUUGCUCCUUCAUUAUGCCUGAUUCCUUGGUUUGCAGUGGAUAUAUAUUUUAUGUUAUCUACUCCUGAUCAUUGGUGUUUCGUAUCUGACGUUGCAUCGUCUAAUUUAACCCUGCAUCAACAAAAAGCUCUUAUCAGACCACAAAACAAUCCGUCAUGUACUAUGCACGACAUAAAUUACACGGAAUAUCUAAAUUCUCAGAGUCUCACGAUUGUCAACAAUUCACAAUCUCGACCUUGCUCAAACGGCUGGCAAUAUGACACAUUUUAUUACGACUACACCGCAACUAGUCAGUGGAAUUUGGUUUGCAGUGGCAAUCAUUAUGUUAGCUUAAUUUUUAUGCUUCAGAAUGUAGGUAGCAUUGUUGGAAAUUCCAUAAGUGGAUAUAUCUCAGACAG